GGUUCUUUCCGGCUUUUUCCGCUCAUGUUGUCGUCUCCUGUACUAUGUCCGCAGUCUCUGACUGUCUCCUGUACUAUGUCCGCAGUCUCUGACUGUCUCCUGUACUAUGUCUGCAGUCUCUGGUCAUCUCCUGUACUAUGUCUGCAGUCUCUGGUCAUCCCCUGUACUAUGUCCGCAGUCUCUGGUCAUCUCCUGUACUGUGUCCGCAGUCUCUGACCGUCUCCUGUACUGUGUCCGCAGUCUCUGACCGUCUCCUGUACUGUGUCUGCAGUCUCUGACCGUCUCCUGUACUGUGUCUGCAGUCUCUGACCGUCUCCUGUACUGUGUCCGCAGUCUCUGACCGUCUCCUGUACUGUGUCCGCAGUCUCUGACCGUCUCCUGUACUGUGUCUGCAGUCUCUGACCGUCUCCU